CAAAAUGAUUAUAAAUAAGAAUUGAAGACUCGUAACUCCUCAUCCCCUAAUUCCAUAAUGAAACUACAAUCGAAAUCAACCACCAUUUUUCUCUUCUGGUAUCUUAUCUAUAUAUAUGCUUCGGUUCUUGAAGCCUCCAACGAUAGUGAUGGAGGAUUCGAAUUAGAAAAGAAAGAAGAGCAUCAUGUCAAAAUAUCAGAUUUCCCAACAGGGUUUUUCUUUGGUGCAGCAACAUCAGCUUACCAAGUUGAAGGAGCUUAUCUUGAGGAUGCCAAAUCCUUAAGCAAUUGGGAUACCUUUUGUCAUUCUAUAGGUUGUGGAGAAAAUGGAGAGAAUGGUGAUAUUGCAGAUUUUCAUUAUCAUCUUUUUUUGAAAGAUAUUGAAAUAAUGCAUUCCCUUGGCCUAAAAGCAUACCGAUUUUCGAUAUCAUGGGCUAGAAUUCUUCCAAGAGGAAAGUGCGGUGAAGUUAAUCCUGCGGGCAUCAUGUUCUAUAACAAGAUCAUCGAUAAUCUAAUUCUCAAAGGAAUCGAACCAUUUGUGACGAUUCACCAUUUUGAUUUUCCUCAAGAACUUGAAGAUAAAUAUGAGUCUUGGCUAAACCAUGAAAUGCAGGAAGAUUUUGUGCAUUUGGCAGAUAUUUGUUUCAAAUAUUUUGGAGACAGAGUAAAGUAUUGGACAACAUUUAACGAACCAAACCUCUUUACUGACUUUGCUUAUAUGUGGGGUGUUUAUCCACCGGCUCGUUGCUCAAAGCCUUUUGGCAACUGCCGUACUGGAAACUCUGACGUGGAUCCUCUUAUUGUUAUGCAUAACAUAGUGUUGGCUCAUGGAAAAACAGCAAAGCUAUAUUAUCAAAAAUACAAGCUUGAACAAGGUGGAUCAAUCGGGAUUGUUGUAAAUUGUCUCAUGUUCGUACCACUAACGAAUAGCAAGCUUGAUGUUGAAGCUACCCAAAGGGCGUUUGCUUUCUAUAUUGGCCGGGUACUGGAUCCGUUGAUAUAUGGAGACUACCCUCAAGAAAUGCAUGAAUAUCUUGGAAAUCAACUACCAAAUUUCUCAAUCCACGAAAAGUACAUUUUGAAGAACAGUAUCGAUUUUAUAGGCAUCAACCAUUACUCGUCUAUAUACACUAAAGAUUGCACAAACUCUACUUGUUCUCCAACUGCAAAUCGUGCAAUCCAAGGUUUUUUAGACAUUGUGGCAAUGCGAGAUGGCAUACUGAUCGGAGAAAGUACCGGGAUAGAAGAUUUUUAUGUUGUUCCUAAAGGAAUAGAGGAGAUUGUUAAUGAAAUUAAGUUUCGGUACAAAAAUAAACCCAUGUUUAUUACAGAAAAUGGUUAUUCUUCACCCGAUCUACACGAGAAACGAGUGAAUGUUAUUUUGAAUGACACGAAACGAGUUAAAUUCCACCAAGAAUAUCUUGAAUUUUUAGCUAAAUCCAUAAGAGAUGGAGCAGAUGUACGUGGCUAUUUUGUAUGGUCGUUGAUGGAUAACUAUGAAUGGCUUAGCGGUUACAGUGUGAAGUUUGGGUUAUACUAUGUGGAUCGUGAAACACAAACCCGAAUACCAAAACUUUCUGCAAUAUGGUAUAAGAAUUUCUUAUUAAACAAAACUUAUCCUAUCAAUGUUAGAGCAUAUGCAUAAAUGAUUUGAUGCAAAAAGAUUGUAUGUUGGGUUCAUAUUGAAACUAUCAUAAGAAUGUACUACUCGUUUAUAAUAAGUUAGCACUAAAAUGGAACCAAAUUUACUAAUUCUCUUGUAUGGUAAGAUUAUUUUCUUAUGAGAUUUAAGUUUCGUUAUUGUGGUGGUUGUUGAAUAAGUUGAUAAGAAG